GGCUGUGGUACAUAGAGCCGAGUUCAGUGCCGUCAAUGGGAAGCACGCGACGCGGUGGCACAGAGAGUUACGGUCUAGAUUUUAAAAAAGGAGGAAAAAGCAGGAGACAGAAAUCCGCGGCAGCACCAUGCUCUCCUGGUCCACCCCGUGUCUGUGGAUUACAUUUUGUCUUCAUUUGUGCUGUCAUGUAGACGGCGGAAAAGCACAGAACGCGAAGGAAGUGAUUUUGCUGGACUCCAAGGCACAGCAGACAGACCUUGAGUGGAUCUCCUAUCCUCCCAAUGGGUGGGAAGAGAUCAGCGGCUUGGAUGAGAACUACACGCCCAUUCGCACCUACCAGGUGUGCCAAGUCAUGGAGCCCAAUCAGAACAACUGGCUUCGGACUAACUGGAUAGAGAAGGGCAAUGCCCAGAGAAUUUUUGUGGAACUGAAGUUCACUUUGAGGGAUUGUAACAGCCUGCCCGGUGUGGUGGGCACUUGCAAGGAGACGUUCAACCUGUACUACCAGGAAACGGAUUCGGAGGUGGGCCGGAGUUUGCGGGAGAACCAGUACGUGAAGAUCGACACGAUCGCCGCGGACGAGAGCUUCACCCAGGGCGACCUGGGCGAGCGAAAAAUGAAGCUGAACACGGAGGUCCGCAUCAUCGGCCCGCUGACCAGGCGGGGCUUCUACCUGGCCUUCCAGGAUGUGGGGGCGUGCAUCGCCCUGGUCUCGGUCAAGGUGUAUUACAAGAAGUGCUGGUCCAUCAUCGAGAACCUGGCCACAUUCCCCGACACUGUGACGGGGUCGGAGUUCUCCUCGCUGGUGGAGGUGGAGGGCGUGUGCGUGGGCGACGCUGAGGAGGAGGCCGACAACUCUCCCAAGAUGCACUGCAGCGCCGAAGGGGAGUGGCUGGUGCCCAUAGGGAAAUGUAUAUGCAAGGCUGGAUUUCACCAGAAAGGAGACGCGUGUGAACCGUGCGGCAGAGGUUUCUACAAGUCCUCCUCCCAGGACCUUCAGUGCUCUCGCUGUCCGGCGCACAGCUUCAACGACCGCGAGGGCUCCUGGCGCUGCGACUGCGAGGACGGCUACUACCGGGCGCUCUCCGACCCCGCGUCCUUGGCCUGCACCAGACCUCCCUCCGCGCCGCAGAACCUGGUCUACAACAUCAACCAGACCACCGUCGGCCUGGAGUGGGGCCCGCCAGCCGACACGGGCGGGCGCAACGACGUCACCUACCGGGUCAUGUGCCGGCGCUGCGGCUGGGAACCCGAGGAGUGCGUGCCGUGCGGGCCCAACGUGGGAUACUCGCCGGCGCAGUCGGGAUUAGCGGACACUUACGUGAGCGUCGUGGACCUGCUCGCCCACGCCAACUACACCUUCGAGGUGGAGGCUGUCAACGGCGUGUCGGACCUCAGCCGCACGCAGAGGCUGUUUGCGGCGGUCAGCAUCGCCACGGGACAAGCAGCUCCGUCCCAGGUCAGCGAGGUCAUCAAGGAGAAGGUGCAGCAGCGCAGCAUCCAGCUCUCCUGGCAGGAGCCCCGGCAGCCCAACGGCGUCAUCACGGAGUACGAAAUCAAAUACUACGAAAAGGAUCAGAAGGACCGGGUCUACUCCACAGUGAGGUCCAAGUCCACAUCAGCCACAGUGAACAACCUGAAGCCCAGUACCGCCUACGUGUUUCAGAUCAGGGCCUUCACAGAGGCAGGAUACGGCACCUACGGCCCCAGACUGGAGAUAACCACCAAGGAGGAGGCCACAGCGGCGAUCGUCUCCAGCGAGCAGAACCCCGUCAUCAUCAUAGCGGUGGUGGCCGUGGCGGGGACCAUCAUCCUGGUCUUCAUGGUUUUCGGCUUCAUCAUCGGGAGAAGGUACGCUCUCGCGGGCCCCAUUGACUCUCCGCUCCUGCACUGCGGAUACAGCAAAGCAGAUCAGGAGGGGGACGAGGAGCUCUACUUCCAAUUUAAAUUUCCAGGCACCAAAACCUACAUUGACCCUGAGACCUACGAGGACCCCAACAGGGCCGUCCAUCAGUUUGCCAAGGAGCUGGACGCCUCCUGCAUCAAAAUUGAGCGGGUUAUCGGAGCAGGAGAGUUUGGGGAGGUGUGCAGCGGCCGGCUCAAGCUGCCCGGGAAGCGGGACGUGUCCGUGGCCAUCAAGACGCUGAAAGUGGGCUACACGGAGAAGCAGAGGCGGGACUUCUUGUGCGAGGCCAGCAUCAUGGGCCAGUUCGACCAUCCCAACGUGGUUCAUCUGGAGGGAGUCGUGACGAGAGGAAAGCCCGUGAUGAUCGUCAUCGAGUACAUGGAGAACGGCUCAUUAGACGGGUUCCUCAGGAAACACGACGGUCAGUUCACUGUCAUCCAGCUGGUGGGGAUGCUGCGGGGCAUAGCGGCGGGAAUGAGAUACCUCUCCGACAUGGGAUACGUCCACCGAGAUCUAGCCGCGCGAAACAUCCUCGUCAACAGCAAUCUUGUGUGUAAAGUGUCUGACUUCGGCCUGUCAAGGGUGAUCGACGACGAUCCCGAGGCUGUCUACACAACAACCGGGAAGAUGCAGGAUAUAAUGCAUUUGAUCUUUACUCCAGCUACUGACCUGCGUUUUACUGAACAGGGAGGAAAGAUACCCGUCCGGUGGACCGCUCCAGAAGCCAUACAGUAUCGUAAAUUCACCUCUGCAAGCGACGUGUGGAGUUAUGGCAUUGUCAUGUGGGAGGUCAUGUCCUAUGGGGAACGGCCCUACUGGGACAUGUCCAAUCAAGAUGUCAUAAAGGCAAUAGAUGAAGGCUACCGUCUUCCUGCUCCGAUGGACUGUCCACCAGGCCUCCAUCAGCUGAUGCUGGACUGCUGGCAGAAAGACAGAGCUGAACGUCCCAAAUUUGAUCAGAUAGUCGGCAUACUUGACAAGAUGAUCCGCAACCCUAACACAUUGAAAACCCCACUGGGGACAUGUACACGACCAAUUAGUCCACUGCUGGAUCAGAGCACACCAGACUUCACCGCUUUCCGCUCCGUGGGAGAGUGGCUGGAAGCCAUCAAGAUGGAGCGAUACCGGGACAACUUCACAGCGGCCGGCUACAGUUCCCUGGAAUCUGUGGCCAGGAUGUCAAUCGAGGACGUGAUGAGCUUGGGGAUAACGCUGGUGGGCCAUCAGAAAAAGAUCAUGAGCAGCAUACAGACUAUGAGAGCCCAGAUGCUGCACCUCCACGGCACUGGGGUCCAGGUGUGACGGACCGCGUCGGACGGGGUCCAAAACCCUAAAGGAAACAAAAAACAGAACUUAAUCUGGAGCAGUGCCUGGGACGCAAGCGGGAUAAUCGUCAAAGUAAACGGACAUCUGUUUCGUCUGACUCUUCCGGCCGUGUCUGGAGUGAAACCAUUCCUUUGUUCCUCGGUGAAGGAUUGCCGUCCCGACUCUUCAAAGGGGCACUAAAGAGAGGAAAAGGCCAGAAAGAACUACAAACAAACAAACAACAACAAAAAAGAAACUACCUGGACAAGAUUACUUUCUUUUUGUCUUUUGUUAGAAGCGCUUAUGAACUCUACUAUAUAUCCAAAUUGCCCAUUAGAGUUUGACGCUUCCGUUUCAUUCAUUUUGAACAACGGCGUGAGUGACCACACCGAGGCAACGGAUUACAAAAAAAACAACAACUAAAAAAACAAUGUGUCUACUUGCGGUGCUUUCAAUUAUUUCUCUAACUACUUUAUUUUCCAUCUUUUCUGCCAAAGUGACAGGUUGUGGUGGCCCACGUGGCAGUUUUUGUUGCUUUUCUCUCUUUCUCUUCUAUUUGGACUUGACAACAGGGUAAACUCUCUUUUAUCCAAUCGCAGAGGGAACUUUUUAGGGGCAGAUUCAAAAAGGUACUUUUUGUGCUGCCGACACAUGCUGGACUGUUUGAACUGUUUGCAGUGACUCGUGUUUCCCUUCAUGUGCUGUUGAAGUGAAAACAGUAACCUUUCUGUGCAGUUUUUUUUUUUUUUCCCCCAACAUGGUUCCAAUCUUUCAAUUGUUUGGUUUGUUUACUAGGAAUUUCCUGAGGGGUGCAACACUGAGGAAGGCGAGUUGUUUUUCAAAAAUCAAGACUUUUAUAUCGGAGUAGCAAUAUCCUUCGUCUUAGUGUUCACUGCAGGAAAGGCAGAACGGUUACAUGGUUAUCGAGAAGGCUCUUGCAGCGCUGUUGAGAAAUUUGAUUAAAAUUGAAUCCUCCAUUGUUUUGCUGCAGUGUCAAGCCGCAAGUACAGUUUUUAUGGGGUGGAUCUUUGUAGACGUAAUACUGCCUUAAAAGAUGCGUUAGAUUAGGUGUUGCCACUAUUUUAGGCACUUCAUUUAAAGGGUGGACACGCUCACUAUUUUCUUUCUCUCCUUGUAGUGUCACUAUUUUCUUUCUCUCCUUGUAGUGUCUUUUUAUCUGGAAAUUGAAAGUGGUGAAAUUGAGCUCACAGACGCAAUUUAAUGUCACGAGUGACGCGUUCGGUGAAGAGACGGACUACACAGAGCAAUAAUUACCAGGUAGAAAAUGUAUUUGCCUGAAUAUUCUUUUAUUUUAAAAAAGGUGCUAGGUUUUAUCGCAUGUGUGUGCUAUGCCCAGAAGACUCAGUCAGCAUCGCAAAUCGAAAGGAAUGUUACCUCUGUGACCAGGAAAAUAUUUGGAAAAAGUGCUUCGGGAAAAAUUGGCCUCGCCAAGUCAUCAGAAGAAAUAAUCAUCCGUCCUGUUUGGCCACUACGAUAUGCUAAAGCGUUUGGUGGGACUCAAACAACGGAAAUGUUGAAUUGAGUGGCUGGCUGAGAUGAAAGAGGCCCCAUUCGAAACUCUAGAAAGUCGCCUCUUGGCCGCGCUGACAUCAUCUUCCGACACCUACGGCGUCCGCAACUGGGGCUUCGCUUCUGGGAAUCAGGACUAGGAGACGGAGCUGCAGUCUGAAUGCAGAUGGCGCAGUUAAAUCCCCCGCCCACCGCCCCGCCCACCGCCGCCACAGCUCUGUAGACAUGCCACGCUGCUCCCUUAUUUAUUCACGCGUCCCCGUCACCCAUUCCUCACAGGCGUCGUAGAUGCGAAAGGAACAUGCAUUAAAGUGUCUCCUAAGAUUGCUCCUCUUUCCUCCCAUACGUCUUUUGUACGGGAACAGAGACGAGGGGGGGCUUUCUCAGAUGAUGCGCUGAAAGCCAAUCAACCUAUUCGGGGGCCAUCUGUCUCCACUUGAAAUGCAAAAGAAAAAAAAGAAGAGCGUUCCCAUGUUGAGUGUUUUCAGUGCAGUAUCCUUUCAAAAGAAAAUGCAUUCAUUCAGCUGUCACGUAAACAGGAGUGGUGUCCAUGGAGAAAAACCAUUACAACCAUGUCUUCUACUGCUGCCGUAACCGGAGAUACAUCUCCGGUAUCCGGUCAUUUAUUUCAAUUAUUGUCAUAUUGAAUGCAUUGAAAAAACAUUAUCCCUCACUGAUGAAAAGUAAAACCAUACAAGCUUUCUUCGUUCUCCCGAUUAUCGACAAUAAGCCCGAUACCUACGGAAACACUUUAAAGACUGGUGCACGCAUGUCUGGAUGUCUAUAAAGAGGCAACUACAGUCCUAAAAUGAAUGUUACCAUCGUACCUCUUUGUCUGAGGGCCUGCUCAGACCUCAUCAACCCAAAGAGGAGAGUAGGGACCCUUCUACAGCCAACGUCAGCCCAAAUAGGCCUGCGCAUCUGCAAGAGUUGACAAGCUUCAAACAUUGAAUUAAAACGUUACCAGCAUCAAAAUACACUUUGGGGGUUGUCAGAAGCAAUGUUCCAACAGCAGACCCAUCUGGUUUCAGGGCCACAGGUGACCUCGUUAUGACUGGUGACCUUCAGCCAAACGCUGACGGGUUGGUGAAGAAGACAGACGAAGAUGAUUAUGUAUUUAAAUAACUGUAUUGAAGGCUUUUCCCAGGACACCUACAUGUUCCGUUUGAGUUCUCAAUAGCUACCGUCACCACAACCAACCCCCAACAUUCACACGGUCACUCAUCAUCCGGUUGGUUUUGUCUGACAUAUGUUGAAUUGGAAAAUAAUGCACCCAGUUAGUCUGAUGAACAUGAAAUAUUUUUCCAGUUAAACCAUUGAUCUAUAAAACAGUGAAAAACAAUGUAUCGCAUUUUCUCAAUGGCCAUUCGACCCUACCUUAUUCCUACCCCUCAACUUCAAUUCACUUUACAAAAUACAAUAAGAUCGCACGAACUACGACUACAACAUCCAAAAAGGAUUCCCAUUCAAGUCAGAAUUUACAUUAUCGCUUGAUUAAUUUGUCAAAUAAUUAUUUCAGCUCUGGAUUUCAACAAUUAGUACUGAUGAGCCGCAACUAAGUGGCUGUACUCGGUCCAUUGUCUGAUAACAGAGAGCUUACAAAGAUGACUAACUGUUGAGUUUGGAAAUACUUGAGCGAUGACCGAAAGCACGAGGUUUAUCCGGCUGUCGUUGUUCCACUGACCCAAAGGCAUUAAAGCGGCCCGUUUCCCUGCCGUCCGGCUGCUUGGUCAGGACAGAAAUCUAAAUCUCUUAAGGUCAGGGCUUUAGGGUUUAGAGCUUUGGGGAAAGGUUAAAAAAGGUUUUCGCAAUCAUCAAAAUUCAGUGUCUGGCAUUUCUUGUCGCUCCUUUCUGAAGCAUUUUUGAUGACUAUACAACCUUUUACCACCUUUACCUUCACUGCCUUUACAAAGUGAACAUAAAGUUCCCUGAGAAAGCUGGUGUGGAUUUCAUUUUGACUUUGCACGUAAACUGUGUUUUCAGAAUAAUCCAGUUUAGUGUGGAUAUAGAGUUGGAUCCAUUUCCACUGUGGGGACUCACCUUUGUCAGGAGACACCAGGAAUUAGCCCCGACCGGCUCUCUAGCUCUACCCCACCCUCCCUGUGUCACACACAUUGGGCCCUUUAUCCGUACAGCAGAGCUCAGCAUUUGGGCCUUGGCCAGACCUUUGAAUUGAACACCGGCAUGAAGUCAUUCAGUCAGCACAAAACUCCCCAGUUCGCUACCCCCCCCCACCCCCAACACACACACACACACUCACUUUACGCUCGGGUUUUAAGGCUGGGCCACUGUAGGCCACUUUACACCCCAGGGUAGAAUGCCUCUGUCCUCUUUUUUUUUUUUUCCCGUGCUGUGGAAACAGCCGUUUGAGCCAAAUUGAGAUUAAGGCCGGGAUGCAAUCGAUUCGACGUCCAACCUUCAGCUCCAGAAGUCAUUCAGAGGUUUGAACUUGGUUAAGCUUGUUUCAUACACAUUUUCUUUUUUUACUUUAGGUUGCUCAACUCUGGACGAGAAAAGUUUAGUUGUGGCUCUAUUUCAGCAGGAAAAAAAAAAAGAAAAAACACCAAAAAAAAAGAAAGAAAUGUAAAACAAAAAAACUGCAGGAUGUAUGUUGGAAUCAGGAAUAGCAGAUAGAGUAUGAAGUUAUUUUUUAAAUCUUGUGGUUCAGCAGUUGGAAAUUAGUUUCACCGCUUUGGUCAAGGCGGUGAAUAAUUCCAUAGAGUGCAGCACUGUUGAUUGUGUCAGAGGGAGACUAGAUUUGAGGGGAUCUUUGUAUGUGAACUAAUUGUAAAACUUGUACAUUUUAUUUAUAUUGUUUUUUACACAUAUUACUCAGUAGAGAGCUCUGAAUACAUUGAAAAUGCACUAUAUUUUUCUAUCUUGCCGAGAAAUUAUUGUCAACCAUCAAGAUUUUAGUUGUACAUAAAGUUUUUUUUUUUCAUUUAGGACCAAAGACGGCUGAUAGGAUUACCAUCUUUACUUUGACUUUGUUGAUUUUUUUUUAGUUUGCUGUACAGUAAUACAAAUUGUCAAUUUAUUAUUUAUUUUUCUGUGAUGAAAGUAUUGAAUAUCCACUGGUCAAAAGUAUUUUCCCCAACAGCAGAACUGUAAGAUCAUUGAAUUAGACAAUUUCUUGUUACAUAGACAAUUCUUUUUGCUUUGUAACCUUUGUAAUAGACUGUACAUAUAUUUUUGAAAAUAUAAUACAAUCUAUAUAGAAGC